AUGAGUAUAAUUAUAUGCAAUGGGAAUCCCAGGGCAAGUUGUCCCGCAAAUCCAGGUCAAUCUCGCUUUGUUAACACCGACUUCCACAGCAUUUACAAGCAGAUUGGGCCUGGUCAGAGAAUAGCGCUGUCCAAAAUCGCAGUGGAACACCUCGAAAGAACCGGCCGCCCUCUUCGCAUAGCUAUUGACAUAUCCAUAUGGCAGUUCCAGAUACAGUCCGGUCAAGGAGGAAAGAACCCCGCUCUCCGUACCCUUUACUACCGCCUCCUGCGACUCCUCACACUAUCGAUACAGCCCCUCUUCGUCUUUGAUGGUCCGCAUAAACCUCCAUUCAAGCGGGGUCGUAAGGUUGCGACAGGUGCAGCGUGCCUGCCGAAUUGCCUUACGAAGGAACUCCUCAAGCGUUUUGGCUUUCCAUACCACACUGCUCCCGGAGAAGCGGAGGCCGAAUGUGCGCUGCUGCAGAAAGAAAACCUCGUUGACGCUGUCUUGAGUGAAGAUGUGGAUACUAUAAUGUUCGGCUGCGCUGUGACCAUGCGUAGUUGGACCGCCGAAGGGCAAAGAGGAAGCAAGAGCCCAACACACGUGAAUCUUUACAACGCCGAAUCUACGAAGAAAGAGAAGGGCCUAGACAGCGAAGGCAUGAUCUUGAUUGCCCUUAUGAGUGGCGGAGACUAUAUACCCGCUGGCAUACCGGGGUGCGGGAUAAUGACUGCAUGCGCGGCAGCCAAAGCUGGCUUUGGUCGAGACCUUUGCCAAUUGUCCAAGGAUGAUAUCGAGGGGAUCAGGAAAUGGAGAGAAAGACUUGAGCAGGAACUCCAGACAAACGAAUCCAAGUUUUUCCAAAAAAAGCAUAAAAGUAUCAAAAUUCCCGAAAAUUUCCCUGACAAGGCCGUAUGGGGCUACUACACACACCCCGCGGUUUCAUCUACAGAGAAAGUUGCGAGACUGCGCGAUGAGGUUAAGUGGGGUCUCCAAGUGAACGUCACAGAACUCCGCGUAUUCGUUGCAGAUGCCUUCGAUUGGCAAUACCUUUCUGGUGCUAAGAAAUUCGUCCGUGGAUUGGCACCAGCCUUGUUGCCGCACCAACUUAUCAGAAGGAGCAAAAUCAAUGCCACAGACAACGACGACCUUGAAGCCAAGGAAAUUGCGGAAGCAAAGCUUGUAAAAAGUAUUGGUGGCCAAAGAAAUCAUUGGAAUACCGAUGGCGAGCCCGAGCUACGGAUCGCCUACAUCCCAAUUGACGUUGUUGGACUAGAUCUGGAAGCAGAGGAGAAGGAUGAUUUUCAAGGCUACGGCCUGGAUGCCUCGGGAGACGAGCAGCCAGCGUCGGAAUGUGAUGAGACUAGAGAUCGGUCCAAAAGCCCUGCGAAGAGGCGAGGCCCAUCCACUUAUGAUCCUGCCCAGAUUGAGAAGAUCUGGAUUUUGGAGACCCACGUAAAGCUGGGUGUGCCGUUGCUCGUCGAGACAUGGGAGGAAGAGAUGAGGAACCCCAAGAAAUUUGCAUCCAGAAAGACAAGGGAGAAGGCCAAGACAAUGACGUUUAAGGGCGGUAUAGAGUUAGGAGCACUGGACCAAUAUGUCAAAAUCACAAAGCCAGGACCGGAUGGUCGUGCCACAAAGCUUCCAGUAAAGGGCAAGGAAAGCACACGACUGCCUCCGGCCUUUUUAGCGCCUAGAAUUGUCGACAUGUCCACAGUUCAGCAGCGAAAUGUGCUGGCUGAGAACACAAAUCCAGUGGGUCAAAAAGCACAGAAGCAAAAAGAGCCUUCAGAAGCAAAGGCGACACGGACUCGAAAGGCCCCGUCAGCCAGCCAGACCUCUACACCACCAAAAGACCGCGGGACGAAUCCUUGGACGUUAGCGAAAAGAACUCCCGAAAAACCUAGGUUCAAGUCUCCACCAAGAGAUUCUCCGCAAGAGCUGGAAAAUCUAGAAAAAGCUUGCAGCCAUAUCGCAUGCUUUACAGCGUCGGCUUCAACGAAGAAGCGACAUUCUCGGCCUACCACCCCAAUCUCUGACACGGAAGACCCGACAGGGACCACACGAGGCAUCAAUGGAAAUGUCACUCUACGCAGGGGGAAACCUUCCACACCAGCAAAACCCUCGCCACGAAAGAAGCGGAGCCCACUGCAGAUGGCCAACGAUCUGUAUUUGGCCGGACAGCUACGUACUCCAACACUGACUCCAACCGGGAAGCAACAGGAUGGGAUUGGUAUGGCAGAGAAUGCCGACCUUCUGAAUUCGCAGAAGGUGAAUCGCAAACUCGACUUCAAGGAAACCCAAGCAACCCCACCACCAGCGUCUCCAGUUUCAAUCUCAUCCUCGUUGCCGUCGCCAUCGACCCUCCUCUCUCCGGCAAACCCUUCGGAUAAGGAAAGUACCGGAACGGAGCCGCCUUCCAAGGUACAGCAACCGCCGACCAGGACCGCGGGUGCUAGAAGGCUAGUUGCCCUCAGGGAAAGCCUGGAGGGCGCGUGGAAGUGUCUGGAGCCCUGGGAGGUCGGAGCGAGGUCGUCUGGUCGGAGUGUCUUCAACAGUGUGGAGGUAUUGGAUCUGACGGGAGGCUAA